GGCGGAGCGGCGGUGUGUGACAUUCGUUCGUUGAUUGGCAAAAAAGUGUGCUACUCCGCACCGGGCUCAGAACUUCCAGCUGUGCCGUAGCCCAGUUCCUGUGUGGCAGUUCGACGCGGAGCUGAUUGAUGCCGUCAUCGCCUGCUUGAUUUUUUUUUCUUUUUUUCCUGCGCAUAGUGUGCUUUUCGUGACUGCAAGUUCUUCUCCUCCCACCCCUUAUCUCUCUUUACCGGGUGCUGACGCUCAAUCGACGACAGUUUAAUUGUCAAGAGGAGUUUACGCGUGCGCUGUCCCCUCCCACAAAAGCCACCACCCCGACCCCACUUUCUCCUCUGGAAGCGUAAUCUUCGUUUACGUCUUUUCGAGUGGUUGUGCAAUGCGAUCCUGGUUCAGCAAGGACCUCGUGUCGUCAACGGCAACCGGGUCGGCUAGCACUGCAGCACGUCGCAGCCAAGUCGUCGGUUGGUGCGCGCGCGGCAUCGCUACUGCCGGUGGUUUCGGUGCACACCGCGCGUGACGUCACAGGGUUUGUUGUUGACUCGGUGCGGGUCUACUGCGCGCACUUUCCGGAGGAGCCGAGUCGUGGGAGCUGACAAGUUUUCGUACUAACUGAAAGCGUCCUGCAGUUCGUUUUGGUCGAUAGGAGGGAAAGCGGCAGUCAUGUUGGUCGACUGGAGCAUCGUGUCCUCGCACCCGCUCAUGAGGGAACAGCGUACUACUGGAGGGGACAGGACCAACUAUGUCAACCUUCCACAUGUUAUUGCCAUGGUGGGUCUUCCUGCCAGGGGCAAGACGUACAUUGCCAAGAAGCUGACUCGUUACCUCAACUGGAUUGGCAUUCAGACAAGAGUGUUCAAUGUUGGUGAAUAUCGGCGUCAAGCUACGGAGGCCUACAAGAGCCACGACUUCUUCAGAGCAGAUAAUGCUGAAGCCAUGGCCAUCCGCAGCAAGUGCGCCUUGGAUGCUCUUGAGGACAUGUGCAAAUGGCUGGAGUCGGAAGGCGAAGUGGCCGUGUACGAUGCGACCAACACAACCUACGAAAGGCGCAAGCUCAUCUACAACGUCGUCUGUGAGCGGUUUGGCUUCAAGCUGUUCUUCGUAGAGUCCUACUGUGAUGACCCCAAGAUUAUCGAAGCCAACAUUCGGGAAGUGAAGGUCAAUAGCCCGGACUACAGGGACAUGAACAAGGACGAUGCCCUCCUUGAUUUUGUGCACCGUAUCGAACACUACAAGGCCUGCUACCAGACCCUUGAUGAAGUCCAGGAAAAGCAGUACUCUUUCAUGAAGAUCUUCAACACAGGACAAAAGGUCGUCGUGCACAGACAUGAAGGCCACAUCCAGAGUAGGGUAGUGUAUUACCUCAUGAACAUCCACAUCAUGCCAAGAUCCAUUUACUUGACCAGGCAUGGUGAAAGUGUCCUGAACCUGCAGGGAAGGAUUGGUGGGGAUGCUGAUCUCUCCGAACGGGGACGGGAGUAUGCACUUGCACUGGCAAAGUUCAUAAAGAAGCAGUCCAUUCCACGCCUCCGUGUUUGGACCAGCCAGCUGAAGAGGACCAUACAGACUGCAGCAGGCAUCGAUGCCCCGCAAGAACGAUGGAAGGCUCUGAACGAAAUUGACGCCGGCAUAUGUGAGGAAAUGACAUACGAGGAGAUUCAGGAGAAGUACCCCGAAGAGUUUGCUGCCAGAGAUCAGGACAAGUUUCAUUACCGGUACCCACGCGGCGAGUCUUACGAAGACCUGGUAGCUAGGUUGGAGCCAGUCAUCAUGGAAUUGGAGCGGCAGGAGAAUGUCCUUGUGGUUGCGCACCAAGCGGUCCUGCGUUGUCUGCUUGCCUACUUCCUUGACAAGAACUCUGAGGAACUUCCUUACCUGCGAGUGCCAUUGCACAGCAUCAUCAAGCUGACACCCAUGGCAUACGGCUGCGAGAUGAAGAAGUUCAGCGUGCCCAUAGCUGCGGUAGACACACACCGCGCCAAGCCCAGCGUAAGUACCGACGGCGCGAACACCGACACCGAUGCAGUCGACACCCUCGGCCUGCAGGAAAUUGAGCUCACCGAGGAUCUGCUAUGGCAGCAGGACAGCUUCGUGCAGGGAUGAACGUCUCCCGUAGUGACUGGUCUCUGCUGCCCAACUCACAGUAGCCUGAGCGGUGCAAGCGCUGCAGAGCAGCCCUUAAUUGACUACCACUGGUCAGGUCUUAACUCAUAGCUGUUAACGGGAGAUCUGGAACAGCUUAAUCUGUAUCCUUGUUGUGUGGGCAUUAGACUGUUGAGAGUGGGUGCAGGCAAGUUGCCAGAGAAGGCUUAAUGUACCGUGUGCUACACUUUCUUUCUUAAUUUUUUUUCAAGAGUAGCUUUUUCCCAGUAAUAUUGCUGUAGUGGAUGAAGUCGCAGAAGCAGCCUAACUACUUCCUGGAAAGCCUGAAAGAGAACAUCCUUUGGUUUGUUUGGACAGACCAUCAAAUCUGCAGGCAAUUGCAGUAUCUCAACGAAACCCUAUAGAUCAUAAAGCAAGAACACAUACUUCUGGACGUUGAACAUAAGGCUCUGCUUUUCAACCUUUAAGCUGCCUUCUUUCAUUUUGACUGCUGUUUUGAGUUUUCUUUUAUUUGGGCCUUGAGAGAUGUGAAUGAUGGAUGGAAGUUAGGAACUGUGAGUUGAGCUGUGGUUGGGCUUUGUUUACUGAAGUUGGGCUACAGAGACCAUGGGGACUGUUGUAUUUGUGUCCAUUUACUUUGGCAAGGCAAGGCCCACCAGUGGUCUUUUUAUUGCAGUUAUUUUUCGUUUCGUUUGUGACAGCUAGGUAACGGGAUGCUCUUGCUCUUGCCACCGUAUACAUUGCCCAGAAAUUUGCUGUGAACCACCAUUAAACAGGGUAUCGUUGUUCACAUAGUCCUUUAGUUAUUGAUAGUGACAUUGCAUUUAUUUAGCUAGCAGUGUAUCACUCGGGAACUGAACAAACAUGACAAACUCCUCUUGAACAUCAAGAGUUUUAAGAAAGUGGUUUGUGGUAAUUUGCCUUCUUUAUUCAUAUCACUUGUGGGCUACACAGAAACAUGCCAGUAAUGCACAUAGCAUACACCGCACGUCAAAUAGAUGGCACUGAACUUUUCAAGAUUUCACUGCUGUAAUCAUCAGUCAGCUUUUUCUGGCAAAUUCUUCCACCUCUACAAACAUUUCAGGUUAAUGUCUGGGCAACUCUGUGUCACAAAAGCAUUGUAUUGUAUUAGUUGCUUAUGCAGUUAUGUAAGGGUGGGAAAUGCCAAAACAGUAUUUUUGUUUACUGAGGCAUUUGAGUAAACUGUGCGGCUAAUACUUUUUGUCAUCGAGGCUGCAUAAUCUAUGUUUUGGAAAAAUACCUUGUGUUUAUAUUCCUGCAUGGUCCAUGGGUAUUAGCCUGCGUUGUCCAUUUUUAUUCUUGGCCUUGAGUUCUUUUUAGUUAGGCAUGUAUUUCUUGUUUUAAAUAACAUUGGUAAAAGUUAAUUUUGGGUCUUGCCUUGUUGCUUCGUACAGUUUAAUUUUGCUACAGAUGUCAUGAAAUAAAAAAGAAAUUGUGGAAAAAAUUCCGUCUAUGGAAACAUGAAAUUUUGGAUCCACACGGUGUAUUUGUGGUGUCGCGCACCACAAACUGAGGUAACGUGUAAGCCACAGAGGUUCUACUAUAUUUGUGCGUACAGGAUAGGUAUGUCUGUAAUAUUUUAUGAUUGUCCUGUGUUUUAUAACUGUAAUGGCACAUGACAUUUUACUGCUCAAUAUACUCUUUAAGUGGUAGUUUUGUUGUACCUGACAUACAGCACUGGCAGACCUGUCUGUGCAGUACAUAAGCUGGCUGUCUGAGGCAUACGGAAAGGGAAAGUGCUUAGUUUACGAUGUUUGCCUAAUGUCUUUUUCAUUUGAACAAGCAUUGAGAUUCUUCAAACAAUGGCACCUUGUGCGAAAAUAGCAGCACAUGCCUUGGUGCCAUCAUGUGAUCAUUGCAAAGUAGUCUCAAAUGGACCACAGCUCAAAUUUGGAAAAGGAACGAAGUGAGCUUUGAGGCUCCAUAUUUAGUUGAGUACUAAUAGCUAUAUGCAGCUGACAGACAGUGAUAUUAUGGAAAUUGUGAAGGAAACAAUUUUUGUUUGCCUUUACUGUCUAGCGAUUCCUCUAGGGGAUGUUAAAUUCAUAGAUUUUGUUGCUUAUUGAGGUGAAGACAAAUUUAACACCUUCCAGACCUUAGGGUAGGCCAAAAAUUAUACUAAAUUGUCCAGGAUUGCUGCAUACAACAGACAUGUUUCCAUAGCUAACAUUCAAGCAGCCUGUAAUACUGAGGAAGAUCUUCCACAAUGCCGCUAACAUUGACAAGUGCCAAAAUCUAGAGUGUAAAACUGGAAAUAGAAGCUAGCUGACGAAUGUAUUCGUUGUCACAUUGCAUUUUCCCUCAUGAUAGCAAUACUAGUCGUCAGAUAUACUGGUAUAAACUCUGGUGACUAUGCUUGUCACCAGUUUAAAAAAGGGUUAACCUGCCAGACCAGUACACUCGCAGUUUUGCCUUUAGUCACCGAGGUUGUUUCAACCAUGUGCACUUCCUCCAUGCUUUCUUCGAUGUCACUGUCUGUUGGUUUGUGUGGUGGUUUAGUGAACAGCACAUUGGUUGAUGUUUCGAGCGUUGCAACCUGGUUGUGCAGCGCUUUGUCGUCACCUCUGGAGUGCUUAUGAAGGCUCAAUAAGCACAUGAAAAGUUGACGUAAUUAGGCCUGCUUAGCUGCGAAACAUAUUUAAAAUGUGGCGCUGCUGUGCGAGUCUACAUCUGAGCCUCAAACUAGCCUGAAUAGGUCACGUGUUGCUAGAACUGCAAAGUAAGUGUUCAAGAAAAGUAUGGUGUUUUACAGUAGACUGUUUCUUGUUUUGGCAUUUGGUACUUCUGAGUGAAGCACUAGAGCAUUUACACCACCCACAAUACAAGUUAGCAUAUAGACUGUCCCUCUGCGGCAUUUGUAUAUGUCUAACUGCAUUCCCUUCACCCCCCAUUUUUUUUUUCAAACAAGUGUAAGGUGAGCGGAGAAUGCAAUUGUACCUGUGAACAUACCCGUACUCAACUUUCGAGUGUUCACAUUACCGUAUCUUUCAGUAGAUAAGCCGUGCCGCUUACAAAGCUACAACUUCAAUAGCGCUCAUACUUUUUUCGCCUGAUGCGCUUGCUAGAAGUGCAUGCGAAAUCCUAGCUCUAAAAAAAAAGACACCGUGACAUGUGGCUGCCUAGAACAUGCAACUGGGAUUCAGGACCAAAAAAAGCACUGCUCCCUCUAGGUGCAUUGUAGCUGAGGUUGUUCGUAACUUUUUUACGCGACUGGUGGCAUCAGUUCCUUGUGUGUCACGAGUCAGUGCAUGGAGGCUUUUUGGAGCUUGCCAAGGUCAUAGUAUCACUUAGAUUUCAGCUCCAAUGUCAUUUCGGGCGGCUUAUUUACAGGAAAAUACGGUAAGUAUAACAUUGUAGUACUCUUAAUUGCGGGCAUGUUCUUAGUUGUUUAGUUACCACCUUUUUUAAUGUAUAUUUUAUUAACAGUGCUAUGUCGUUUUUAUGCCAUUUUUUGUUCUAUUUACUCAGCGUUAUAAGCAUGUUGAAAAUGCUCCUUUAUAGCAUAUUAUUUUGCCUUUCAUGACAGUAUAGCUUGCCCAUGUCAUGGUUAUGUAGCAUGUUCCUUUGCACAUAUUAUGCAAUAUAAAGCAGUAUUUAUGCAUGAGGAUCAGUGCCAGUAUUCAGGUUUAAUUAUUACUCUGACAUUAUAAGAAAGAGCUCAUAGAAAAAAUUUGGAAUGAUUAGAAAAAAAAAGGACUGGCUUUGUUUAGGCAGCUGCAUAACCACUAACUGCAUUGUUGAGAUUAUUUCGGAAGUUGAGGGUUGUGCCAUGAAUUUACACCGAAGCAGCGUUGUUGUUGUUUAAGGGCAGUACAGCAGCUGACAAUCUGUGUGCCAUAAAAAAUGUGUGCAAUAUAAUAAUGCAAAUACAUUGUUUUCAUUAUGUGUGCGGUUAGCUGUGCAACAAUAACGCAAAUGAAUUACAGUUACAUAAAGCCAUCUGUGAUUGAGCAGCUGUGCCACGUUUGAUGACCUUCUGCAAAUAGUGUGUUUGCGUGGAUUUUCCAAUGUGCAAUGUUCAGCAAACUUGGUGAUCGGCAUUAAUUUCUUCGAUAUAAACGACAGCAUUCUAAGAGUCCAUUCUAAGUUCAUUGUAAGGUUUUUGUAAGGUUUUUGCAUAAGAACAAAAAAAAUAUUUGGGAGAGGAUUUUGCCUGUCAUCAGUCAUAGCUUAAAUGUUGACUUGAAAACACAUCUUUCAUCAUGUCAUGCUUGAAGUCUGCAUGUCCUCAAAACUGGCUUCUGUACUUAGCUGUUAUUGCUUGCCAUAAUUAAGCUUACUGCAUGAAUAACCUCCACAUCAGCUUUGCCAUUUCUUUGCGACAAAUGGGCUGAGGAACUUAAAUUGUGCUUCAUGUUCAAUUGUAUUGUGUAAAUAAAAUUCUACGGAGAAAUGUUCCCUGUAAGAUAAAGGUUAUGUAGAGGAGGCAUAUUUCUGAUUGACAAAAGGUCAGUCGACAAAAGUAGAUAUCAAUGAAAAUGAUAGCAAUGCUAUUAUUGUCAUAGACGCAUGUCUUAUGUAGGUAUAUUUUCUGAGAUGUGGCAUUUAAAUCUACAGCAAACGAAUGUUUUUUUUUUUUUCUCUCGAAAAAUACCCCUUCUGUUACAAUGUAAUAUGAUACCUGAAGGUUUGCAUGAAGGCAUUUUGCUGUGAUAUCUGGAUAGCGUAGUGCUACGGAAAAUUGCUCUUACGAUGUUUUUUCAAAAGAACUGCUUGAGGCAAUAUACAGAAAUCGCGAAAGUUCACUAACCGUUCUUAUAAAUUUACCAAAAUAAAUAUUCGAAAUCUGACAGUCCUAUAAAGAAGCAUUAUUUGUAUUGGGCAAGUGUGAAAUUAGAAAAUCUGGUGUAUCAAAUGGCAAAGCUGAUCUGCAUGUGCACUAAAAAAAUUGCGUGCUCCUGCUUUUCAUUGCGUGCUCAUUUAUUGCUUUUGUCAGCAUGUUGCUAGAACUUGUACCUACAGGGCAAACGCAAAGCUAUAGGAUUGCGUUACAGCUGUGACAGUUCCUCCUAGCGGAGCUGUUAGACAACUUUCUUUUAGUGCUUGGAUCUGUGGUUAGCAUCGCAGACUGACUUUCCGUGAUUCCCUUGAGCAUGACAGUUGCGUUUGUGAUACCAGGAUUUUAUUACUUUACUCAAAGUAGUCGUAUUGUAGACAUUCCUUGCCAUUCUGAAUGACUUGAUGCGAUCCCUAUUCCUUUCGGUAUCAUUUGUUCUGUUAUGAAAAAAAGCAUGACAUGGAACAUUGUACCCUUUUUGGCAUUGUCUGUGUACCUUCCAGUUCUAGUGCAGUGAAAUAUUAGCCGAUUGAACUGUGUGCUCAAUGCAAUGUCAGUAGUUGCAUUCCUGCAGUUUCCUGCAAUGCUGUGAUGCCAGUGAUUCAUCA